CUUAAAAACGGAAGCUUAAAUAUUGCCAUUUUAUUCGUUUCCAAAGCACACACCCUUGUGCAUGAUUCAUUAUUAACUCCUUUCUUUCUACCACCAUAUAUAUGAAAUCUCAAAAGAAAAGGCUGAAAAGAUAGCUGUCACUCCACGAGAUCCAAAGCUUGACUUUCACCUCUUCAUCACAAAAAUCGAGCCAUAUGCACUGAAACUGGGAAAAAAAAACGUACGUUUUGACCGAAGUGUUCGAGGACAUACGACACUGUGGCACGGAAAUUAGAAUCAGGAGGUGUCUUAUUAUUGGAGCUGAGGUGCCAUAGAGCUAAUUGCUCUCUCCUUUGGAUUGUGAAAGGUAUUAAAGAGAGAGAAUUUGUAGUAGUAGUGAAUGGCUUCAUCUUCAUCACCUUCAUUAUCAUCCUACUCACCAUGUGCAGCAUGUAAAUUCCUUCGUCGUAAAUGUCAACCAGAAUGUGUGUUUGCACCUUACUUCCCUCCUGAUCAGCCCCAGAAAUUUGCAAAUGUUCACAAAAUAUUUGGAGCCAGCAAUGUGACAAAGUUACUAAAUGAGUUGCAGCCUCACCAAAGGGAAGACGCUGUCAACUCUCUUGCUUAUGAGGCAGACAUGCGUCUCCGAGAUCCAGUCUAUGGUUGCGUUGGUGUCAUCUCUCUUCUCCAACACCAGCUCCGACAGCUUCAGCUAGACCUUAGCUGUGCAAAGUCCGAACUGUCAAAGUAUCAAAAUGUAGGAGGCAUUGCUAGUACCACUAGUCAUUUGGGAUUCAAUUUGAUAGGAGGAGGAGGUGGUGGUGGGAGAGAUCAUAACCAACUCUUGUAUCACCAUCAGUUUUUUCCUAGAGAUCAGCAACAACAACAACAACAGCAGCAACAUAUAAUCCGCGGACUUGAUGGAGGAAGUAACAAUUUUGAUACAACUAGAGGUGGAUUUAAAAUUUAAUUUUGAUUGUUUCAACUCAUGAUUCAAUUCCCUGCAUAAAAUUAUGGUUUUAAUAAUUAUCAAAAUUGUAGUAAUUAAUUUUUCAACUAGCAGCCCCUUUUAUAGGGCAGCAUACAACAUGAUGAAGAUCAACAUUUCUAAAUAAUAUAAUAUGUAAUC